GGGCAGUGGUUUCCCUGAAAUCCAGGAGACGGGAACGACGUAAUGAAUUUCUGAUCGCAUGCAUGGGACAGCUUCAGUCGCUAGUCCAUCGCAGAAGAAUUCAGCUGGAUUCUUUUCCAGAUCUAAGCAACUUUCCCCCUGAAGUAGCUGUAUGUGUUUUGUCACAUUUAAAUGCUACAGAUCUUUGUCUUGCAGCCUGUGUUUGGCAACACCUGGCUGAUAAUGAACUAUUGUGGCAAAGGUGAGUUGGAAAGUUACAUAUUUUUUAAUAUUUAUUUUGAGUUUGAAAGGCGCGAUGCGGUGGAACCGACCACAGGUGAUUUUAAUUUGAUGUUUGUUUUGAACCGUGGAAUCUCAUUUACAUAGCUGUACUCUGUCAUUUCCCAACAAGUAUUUACUAUGCCAAAAGUUACAUGUAAACUCACUUCAUAUCCCUUUUUUUUCUUCUGUAUAUUCUUGUUUGUAAAAAAGGGUUGUUUAUUGCGUUCAGACUGUACGUACUGGUGAUUUUAGAAUCUAAACCAACUUGAGAUAUUAAGUCAGUCUUAAAUGUUUGCUUUGCGAUUCCCUAAAAACACUGAUAAACAUUUACCUCGAGGUGGAUUUUAUAGACGUUUUAUCCUAAUCCCAGUUACUAUGAGUAUAAACUGACAACUAACGGCCUUUUAUUUGUCGGUUUUUGGGAGAGUUUUGACUCUAUCCACUUUUGACUUAAAAAAAAAACAUUUGAGACAAAAUAUCACAUGAAUACGUUUAUAAACGCCAUCGAUCUGUUCAAAACAAUGUUACAUAUUUUAUGUUUAAAAUUUUGACUAGUUCGGUGUUAAAAGUAAAGCAUUUUAUUUAUUUGGAUAAAAGUGUUCCUCAAUAUUAUCAGUUUUGGUUGCACCUUGGAUCAUUGACCAUCAUUUUCUGUGUCCAUGUGCUACUCAGGCAGCUCAAUGCAUGGUAGUCACAUGUGUUUGUAGACAAGACAGGGUGUAUUUUAUAUUUUGAUAGUGUAUAAAGUACACUGGUGAAAACAUGGCCUAUUAAAAUAAUAUUGUGCGGUUUUUUUUGUCACUUUGUACUUGCAGUCUUGCCAAAUCCACAUGGGGAUAUGUUUCAGCUUACAAGAGGAAACACCAGGUAAUUAAAUGCACUCCCUAGAUGUAACCUCAGGAAGUCUUAGACUGCUUGCAAGCUGUCUUUCCUCUUAAAUCCAUCAAGGUCUUACUUUAGCUACAUACAGUAAUGUUGUUUGCACAUUAUCGUUUGCAAUCAAGGCGGUUAACAAAAAGGGAUUGGGACAAGAGUUCAAAAGAUAGGCUGCGGACUCUUCUCUAGUAAACGAGCCCUUUGUUGGCCCAGAAACAGAAUAGUUGACUGGUCAAUUUUCCACUGUCCCCUUUUGCAGAUCAUUGACAGUUCUGUGGGUAAUAGUUUCAAAGAAAGUUAGUCAGAACUGACCAGAAACAUUGACGGAUCCAGUGGUAAUCUCUUAGAAGCUAAAACAUACAGUGAUAUCUUGCCUACGAAGAACAGAUGGAAACUGAGCAUAUGGAUUUAGAAAAAAGUGUAAUUUCUGAGUUUUGUCUUGUCUCUCUUUGUUCUUUGGUUUGCACUCUUUUACCACAGCUUGCUGCCUCACCUCUCACUCCUCAUGUGUAUGUCUUUUGCAUGGGGCAACUUUGAAAAGAAAAAAGAUUUGGCUCAUAUUAGGUAAUCUAAGCUUUAAGGUCUGCAGAGCCUGGUUUCCUGGAUUUGAUGGCUGAAAAAAGUUCAGUGAUAUGAAUGCUUUUCAACAAAUGUUUCCUUGGUGACAAAUAAAACUGUUGAAGGCAUUUUAUACCUGCCAACCUUUUUACAUUUAUAGGCGUGACAUUUUUUAUCGUAAGAGUGCCAAGCUUUUUCGUAAGGGUCCGAUAAUACCCGAAGAUGUCCGAAGACGUUCCGAAGACUUCCGAAGAUGUUACAAAGAGUUCCAUCUAACACGAACACAGGAACACAAAGGAACAUUGACUUCCCUACUAAUAAAAGAGAAUUGGGAGAAAGUCGAUCAUCCACAUAGACUUUUCUUUUCUCUGUUUGGUUCUGGUUUUUCUAAAUAAUUAAUAUAUUUUAUCAAAAUGUGUCAGUUAAUGCUGUUAUGGCUCAAACUUUUCUACCAGGCAUGACAAAUUGGAACACAGGCGUGAGAACCAAAUUUUCGAUCUGCAUGGCGUGACAAUCACGCCUUAGGCACGACACUUGACAGGUAUAGCAUUUGUUUAGCUCUUGCGGGAACAUUUCUCGUGAAAAGGAUUUGUGGUGAAAUUUUCUUUCUGUAUUUAAAACCAUACUACAAAAAAACCCCAUUUGAUUUAGUUUGAAGCUUAUUUAUGAACAUGUCAGCUGAAUAGAGUAAUGCAAGACCUAAUUUGCAUUUGUAAAAAAGAAAAUGUUUUUGAUGGCUUCAUUCAUGAAAAUUCAGGUUAAACAGACAAAGAUGUGUCUGUAAAAACUGCCAAUGAAAGUGAAUUUCUUUGCCUUCUUUGUGCUGUUAGGAAACGCGAGUCUGAUCUUAUGCAAGUUUUGUGUCACUCUGGGGUUAAAAAGCAUUGGAUAUCCUGAGUUUGAAUUGCCAAUCAGAGCACUCGAAAAACACUAUCCACUGUUUUAGUAUAAUACACCAAAUCAAUAUAUUAUUAUUUUAUUCUAUUGUAGGGAAAGCUUUCUUUCAAACAGCUUUACAUGCUUUUAGAUGAAGGGACAUGCCUCUUCAAUUAUGAUCCUCAUCAGGUAAGGAAGCACUUAUAUUUCAUUUGUUAUGGAUGAACAUUCCUCCAAGAUGUUAUAACAUACAAAACAAGUACUGCCAUUCCAAUAGAAUGGAAUUGAUUUAUGGUCAGCAAUUAAACUGUAAACAGGCAUUAUCUUUUCUGUUAUUAAGCAUUGAUUCAACUCAGUUCUGCAACAGAAACAUAAUUUAAAACAAGCAGUAUUUAAUAGGUUUAAAAAGCAAAACAUCUUGACUCUGAACAAGCAUCAUUCUUUCUAGUAAAUUCUCUGUCUUCCGUGCAAAAAUAUUAACCCUGUCAGCCUUGAUCAGAAUGGCAAUGUGUUCAUCAGUUUGUUUUUUAAGAUUAUCAAUAGAAAUCCUCGCAACUUUGAUUUCAUCAUAAAUGCCAAUUAUGCAGGUAGAAACUAGUAAUAAUCAUAGAUUAUGGAUCCACAUUCAUCUUAUCCUCCUGCCUGUUGGAUUCCGGCAAAAUAGGAAAAGUGAGCAGGGUGGGGGGAGGGAGAGGGGUAAUUAAAUUUUUUGAAGGUGUUGUUUUUGUUGCGAGUAUCCAUCAGAUGUAGCCUAUUUUCCAUUACUACAUAGCCUGUUUCAGGCUCUCAUAUAGUGGGGAAGAUGCAAACACAUGUUCUCAAUUCAGCAGACCUAACUAUCUCGGAGCCUGGAUCGAACAGGCUAAUUACUGCAACAAUAGGAAACUUGUAUAUCAUGACCUCCUGACAUAAUAGCCCCCGAUCUACACUACUCGGUAAGUUAAAUUGGAAAAGAGCUAUUUCCUUUUAAUUAGCUAUUGCAGAGCACGACAACUCAGUGGGUUAUUUAAUUUUGUUUGAUAUUGUGCAAAGCUUUGCAAUUCUUCACAAUAAAUUCAACAUGACAAAAACUAUUGCCAAUCUUAUCAGCAAAGGAAAAUGGUCUUGAAAAGCUUAGAUUGGAACCAGGAGUCAUACCCACCUUUUGCCAAGACCAAGACUUUUAUUGAUACAACCUAGAAGACACCUGAAUGACAUUACGUCUUACAAGAAAUACUCAUCUUAUGUACCAUGCACACACUCCACAUUCGUGAAAUAUGCAAGCGGUAAACAAGAACUAGUCCAAGAACAUGAUCACCAGCAUGACAUCUGCAUGAAACCGAGACUAGAGAAAACAAAAACGAGUCCAAAAGAGUCCAGUUUCCUGCAACCAAACAACAAAUGAUAUUCUUAUCACAAACAGUUUACUUGAAAUGAUAAUAAAUGUAAGGAUAAUAUUUUUUUAUUCCUUUUGUUUUGUUCUAGGGAAUGAUUUAUCUCAUAAGGAAUAACAUAAUGGAGGAUUCAGUUGUAGAAAUUGCUAAAUUUAUUAACCGUACCGGAGUGCUCAAUGGCAAAUCAGUACGAGAAUAUCUCAAUACAAGGUUUGUUAUCCUCCCAAUAAACUCAAGACCUUUCCUUUGAAUUUCUGAAGUACUUUUUGCUGGACACUUUGAUGAUAACAUAUUGUCUGUUCACUAUUUUGUACAGACGAGAUGUUUUGCAAGAAAUUGUAAAUAUGCAGAAUUAUGAGGGAGUGUUCCUUCCUUUUGCUUUGAGGUAAUGUUCGAAAACUUUAGCUUAAGAUAGUUAUUAUACAUGUAUGUCUGUGUGAUCUGGUUCAAAACUAUUUACUGGGUUGCACACAUGGCCCCAUAAAAUGAUCAACCACAGACUGUUUACUUAAUGAGAAAUACUGUAAGACAGUGGUUGAAAAGACGUUAAUAGAAAAAGUGAACCCUUUGAUGGUAUCUUAGUGGUUGCUGGCCAACAGUGAAUGGGAGUUCCACGGACCAAAGAAGGACACAAGUUUUACAGCUGUAUUGUACCCUUAAAUUUUUCCCUGUUUGACAUAAUUAACUUUUAACACAAUCUUGUCUUUUUAUUGCAGGCAGUUUUUUGAAAGAGUCUAUCCCCCUGAUCAAAGAGGAGAAUUCUUAGACACUCUUUUAAACAAAUUUUCUGUUCAGUUUUGUGCUACAAACCCUACUACCUCCUUCACUCCUGGUAAGUUGAGAUCAAUAAUGGCUGGUUUACUGUUGCCAGUAAAGCUUGCUUGCUAAAGGCUCGUUCUCACAAGUAGCACAAACAAAAAAUAACUUGAGCAAAAGUGCAAGGGAUAGAGUGUAUUCACAUCUACAGAGCAAAAGAUAGUGUUAUCUACCAGAUAAAUCACUAUUCAGUAGAUAAGUAUAAGGGAAACCAACACUUUCCUCUGGAUAGAGAUUAAUGCAGUGGAUAGCGUUAUCCACGUAUUGAACAACUGCGGCCAGAUGUCUGUCUUGUCAAUUCAAGUAGAUUUUACUGUAUAACUUCUCAAAUUGCUCAUUAUGUUCCUUCAAGUCUCUUUAUAAGAGGUAAAGCAACUAUAUUUUGAAGGUGAUAACUCAUAACUGUAAUGGACUCAUUUACCCCUUCCGCCCCACUCUCUCUCUCUCUCUCUUUUUCUUCAUCAAAGCUCCAUUUUAAGGGUAUUUAAAACUAUCUAACUAUCUGGUCUCCACUGCUGGUCUCCUCCAACGCAUGUUCAAACUCAGGCCCUGAGAAACAGCUAGGGUCUUCAAAAACUUGGAAUGAUCAUGCAGGCUGUGAUUUAAGAUCUUGUUUCAGUUCAAAUGAUUGCAUCAUUAGCCAUUGCCUCCUUAUCCUUCUUUCGUUGGUCAAGUCUAAGGGGGUGUAAAAGAACCCACAGUAUUGUGUGAAUGGAGUAGGGGAAGUUUCCCUGGUGGACUGGUGUAUGUUUUACACAUAAUUCACAUCAUGGGCUGGAUGGGGUAUUAAGCUCCUCAAAUGGGGUGGUCGUGGCUUCCAUUGGCACCCUUGUAUGCUGAUGCCAGAGCUUACUGUUAACAUGUUAAUCCAUCACAUUUCAUCAUACAGUAUUACAGCAGUAUGUGAAUAUUUGAUGCUCAUUUUGACUUGGUUGAUCUCGAUUUGAGUUACACUGUAGCAAGUGUGAAAUUUUCAGCUAUUGCAUUUAUUUUAUUUAUUUAUUUUUUAAUUCUCAUUUUAUUUUUUUCAGAGAGUGUUUUUAUCCUUUGCCACUCACUGAUACUUCUGAGUGUGGAUCUAAGCAGUCCACAUGUAAAAAACAAGAUGACCAAAAGAGAGUUUGUGAAGAACCUGCGAGGACUUGUCCAAGGAUUGGAGACUGAUUAUCUUGGGGAUCUCUAUGACAAUGUGUAUCUAGAAGGACACAUUGCCUUAAAGGCUAAAAAAUCCACACAGAAAACCACCUUUCCGUUUGAGAGGCCUUAUGGGAAGAUUUUUCUACAAAUGUAAUCAUUAUUUAUAAAUGUUAAGUUAUGUCAGGCAUUUUUGCUUUGUGUUUUGUUUGGAAGAUUUGUAACAAAAGGUCUUAGAUCCAAGUUUUAUAACAGGAAGUACAUAUCAAGCACUGUCUUAUGAGUUAGUUAACAAGUAUCAUUGUAAAAGCUAGGUCUUCAUAGUGGCAAAAAGGUUUUAGAAAAAGUACUACUGUAAAUGAUUCAUAUAAUGGACGAAAACAGCACCCACUUUUGUAAAAGUUGGUCCAAAUUAGGUUAGCCUAAGAGGCAAAUAAUGGAUUGUCGCUGAAUACACUUUUUUUUUGUAUGAGAGUAUUUAGGGCCAUUUGUCAAACAGUGUAUUUGUAAGCAGUGAAAUAACCAAGGUUGUAGCCUGCGAUCAGGCGGUCCUUCUUUGCUUUUGUACGACUUUCGCGUUUUCCCUAAAAAAAAAACACCUGAUCGGAGAUUACCAAGGUCGGCCGUCGUGUGUAGUGAUAUACCAUAUCCCCCCAUCCACAGCCCCCCUUCCCCCCACCCCUCUAAGAAACUGUUGGCCAAAACCCAAAACUGGAUUUCUGUCAACGAAGGCGCUGAGUCGACGCUUAGGUUAACAAACUGAAAGACAGUGAUUUGUUUGAAAUUAUCCACCUGACUCUCGACCUCUUUCAACACCAGGUGCAAAAGAAGGGAGUUUAAGCAGUGACGUUUUUGAGCGAUGCACGUCAACCGGAAGUGAGCCUUUUUUCACUUUUAAUAUGCCUUAAGACCACGAAAUUUGUAUUGCUAAGUUUUUUUUUACUCUUAUAGAGACGAUUUGUCCAAACAUUUGUUCAAAAUCACGGCUCAAGACUACAAAACGUCCACUUCCGGUUGACGUGUGUCGCUCAAAAGUGUCACUGCUUAAAAUCCUUAUUAUACCGUAUGCUAUAUGUAUAGCCAAAGCCCUUGGCAGAUCCUGAUUAUUUGUAAUUAUCAAAAGAUGUGAUUAAUAAACUUUCU